AUGGCAAAUUCCAAAGAACAAGCGUGUUGGAAUGAGUUCUUAGUAGAAGUUUUUGUUGACAUAUGUAUCAAGGAAGUGCAUAGAAAUUCGAAGCCACAAUCUCAUUUUACUUCAGAAGGAUGGAAUACUAUAAUCACUUCCUUUGUUGAACAAACUGGAAAAGAUUAUACCAAAAAACAGCUGAAAAAUAAGUGGGAUGCCCUAAAAGGUGAGUGGAGACUAUGGAAAGAUCUAAAGAAUAAAUAUACCGGUCUUGGGUGGGAUUCCAAACUCAACAUUGUUGUUGCGACCGAAGAGCGCUGGAGUCAAAUAAUUGGGAAAACCAAGGAAUUUGCAAGGUUCAAGAAAAAAGGAAUAUCACCCGAGUUUGAAACCAAAUUGGAUAUAUUGUUUUCCGAUAUUACAGCUACUGGAAAGCAUGCAUGGGCACCAUCUUCUUCAAUCCCUAUCCCUAAUAGUUCAGAGGAAUGUGACAAUGUUAACUACGUUGAAGGUAGUGGUGACUCUGAUGAGAGAGAUGCAUCUAAUUACACUCGGUCCUCUAAGAGGAAAAGAAAUGAGAGAGCUUUGAAAGAUAAAGAAAAAGUACCAAAAAAGGUUAGAGGUGCUGCACAGUUGGCCAAAGAAAUUGGCAGAAUGUGUUCUGCAAUUGAAAGUAGAAGUACAGCAUCUUCAAUAGUCAGUAAUGCGCGCACUAGUAUUAAUGAAGUGAUGAAGGAUGUCACCUCAUUGCCUGGAGCUGAGCAGGGAACCAGAUUGUGGUUCUUUGCCACUCGAUUGUUUUUAAGUGCAGAGAAGAGAGAUAUGUACUACACUAUGGAAGAUCCUAACAUGAAAUUAUGGUGGUUGCAAUUUGAGAUGAAUGAAAAAUAG